AUGUUACAUUUUCGGUCCACAGUAACAUUAACUGAGUUGUUUCAAUGCCAGCUGAAGCGUCCGUUCACCUGCGGAGCGGCGGUGAAAGCGGCACCUGCAGCCGCCGCCUGUUUCAGCAGCGGGGCUUCCAGUGGGAGGUCAACCGGCAAAGAGAGGACAUUAACGGGCUGGGGAGCUCCGCAGCACAUCGGCCGAAAGACUGGCGUGAGGAACUUCUGCUCAAAGGAGGACGGACAGAAUGAGGCUCUUAAAGACUCUUCAACGGAGAAGAGAAGAAAGGCAGGCAUCCUGCCCAGUCUGGAGGACCUGCUUUUCUACACCAUUGCCGAAGGCCAGGAGAAAAUCCCUGCACACAAGUUCACUACAGCUCUUAAAGCUACCGGGCUCCGCACAGGAGACCCCCGGCUGAAGGAAUGUAUGGAGAUGCUGAAGGUGACCAUGAAGAAAACGUCUGACGGAGCACUGGACCGACACCUCUUCAAGAAAUGUGUCCAGAGCAACAUCGUUUUGCUGACCCAGGCAUUCAGGAAGAAGUUUGUUAUCCCGGACUUUCAGCCUUUUUGCGCCCACAUCGAUGACCUCUUUGACAAAGCCAAAAACCUGUCAGGAGGUCAGGUGGCAGACUACAUCCCUCAGUUGGCCCGUUUCAGUCCAGAUCUGUGGGGCGUGGCCCUGUGCACUGUUGAUGGACAGCGACACACCGUCGGCGACACCAAAGUGCCCUUCUGCCUGCAGUCCUGCGUCAAACCGCUGAAGUACGCCGUGGCGGUCCACGACCACAGCACAGAGUACGUUCACCGCUUCAUUGGCAAAGAGCCCAGCGGCCUCAGGUUCAACAAGCUCUUCCUGAAUGAGGAUGAUAAGCCUCACAACCCAAUGGUUAACGCUGGUGCCAUCGUCUGCACCUCCCUCAUUAAGCAAGGAGCCAGCAAUGCUGAGAAGUUUGACUAUGUCAUGAACUUCAUGAACAAACUGGCUGGAAAUGAGUAUGUGGGCUUCAGCAACGCCACAUUCCAGUCAGAACGUGAGUCUGGCGACAGAAACUUUGCCAUUGGUUACUACCUGAAAGAGAAGAAGUGUUUUCCAGAGGGAACGGAUAUGACGUCCAUCCUCGACUUUUACUUCCAGUUGUGUUCCAUCGAGGUGACCUGUGAGAGUGCCAGCGUCAUGGCAGCAACUUUAGCCAACGGUGGCUUCUGCCCAAUCACAGGUGAGCGGGUUCUUAGCCCCGAGGCGGUGCGGAACACCCUGAGCCUGAUGCACUCCUGUGGAAUGUACGACUUCUCUGGACAAUUUGCUUUCCAUGUUGGUUUGCCAGCAAAGUCCGGUGUCGCUGGUGGGAUUCUGCUGGUUGUACCAAAUGUUAUGGGCAUCAUGUGCUGGUCGCCCCCUCUGGACAAACUGGGCAACAGUGUCAGGGGAAUUCAGUUUUGUACGGACCUGGUUUCACACUUCAACUUUCACAACUACGACAAUCUGAGGCACUUUGCAAAGAAAUACGAUCCUCGCAGGGAGGGAGGAGACCAGAGGGUCAAAUCUGUGAUCAACCUGCUGUUUGCUGCCUACACUGGAGAUGUUUCAGCUCUGAGGAGGUUUGCUUUGUCCUCCAUGGACAUGGAGCAGAGAGACUACGACUCCAGGACUGCCCUGCAUGUGGCAGCGGCUGAAGGACACACUGAGGUGGUUCGAUUCCUGCUGGAGGCCUGUAAAGUCAACCCAGUUCCCAAGGACAGGUGGGGAAACACACCGAUGGACGAGGCUGUCCACUUUGGCCACCACGACGUGGUGACCAUCCUGCGUGAUUACCACAACCAGUACAGCCACCAGGAAAGCACAGCAGACAAACAGAACGCAGAGAAGAACUUGGACGGUAUGCUCUGAGGAGACACUGGUCACGAACACCCAACACCAGAACCCGCUUUCAACUUCGUAUAAGGUCGUCAGUGUCUGUUGUCAGUUUUGUAAUAAAUAUAAAAAUAUUCCCACACAUAUAUAAAAAAAAAAUAUAUAUAUAUAAUGUAUUUUAGCGUCAGCUUUGUAGGAAAAGACAGCGCCACCAUUGGAAUGCUGGGUAAAUUCCGCUGUGGCAGAGGUUUUGGUUUGACCAUGCUGUUGUGGCCUGGUUACAGCGCCAUCAUCACAGGGUGGAGUAAUGCAUCUUCCCCUCUGAAAACACUUUACUGCGUGUGUGCAUUUGUGUGUGUGUGUGAUAUUUAUUCAUCUAUUUAAGAUAAAGUGUACAGUAUUUAGUGUGUGGAUAUCUCAGUGUAAAUAAGUGUAGCUGUAAUGCUGUAGGCACAUCUGUACGGGUGUAUCUUUAGACAGGUGUGUACUGUAUUAUAGUCCUGGUGACACUUGAUGUUAAUGAGCACAUUACUACGACCUUACUGCUUAUUCUUAAUGUUUAUUUGCAGCGUAUUGGCCCUUUGUUAUCAAUGCACAACCAAUGAAGACAGUAAACCCUUUGUCAGUGAUUGAUAUGUACAUAGUGUCACAUUUAGUUACUAUUGAAUCUCCCUUAAGUUGGAUCCAAAAUUUCAGCCAAUCAAAUCAAAGAUGAGUUCCAAGCUUUUCUCAGCCAAAGGUUAGAUUAAAUCCUAAGUCUUUCUAAUGUUCAAGAAGUAUGGCAUUAUUAUUUUUAACGUUGAUAAUGUUUACAAUUGGACUUUGUUUUGUGUUUUUAUUAAUUGUCAGUUCAUCAUUUGAUUGUAGAAACUGUCGUUGUUGUCCUGCAACUGUAUUCACUUUGACACUGCCAGUUUAAAGUCAAAAGUCUUAAUGACAAAACUCAAAACAGCAAAAAAAAGUUAGUUUCCAAAAAAUAUAUAGUAUCAAUGUCAUUUUGACUGUCUGUGUGUGUGUGUGUGUGUGUGUGUGUUUAUGGACACUGGAGACUGAAACAGCACAGAUUUUUAUUUAUUCCAUGUCAGAAAGAUGCUGCCGUACUUAAACUGUGGUUCAGAUGUUAUGUUCGUGUCGUGUGGUUCCCUAACAUGGGGAACAGAAUUAAAAAGUGGAGCAUAACACUGAGAUUGUAAGAGAGAAUCAGCAACAGAAAUAAGAGAACUGUCAGUUAAGGUCAGCCACUGAAUUUGAUGUCACUGAUUUGAAGUGAUCUUUGACUCGGCAGCUCACUUCAAUCCUGCGUCAGUGGUGAAACCAUGUUCUUUUAUUUGUUUUACUCUGUCCGUGCAGAUGAAAUAUUCUGAAUGUAACGUGUCAGUGAUUUUUUUUUCGUUCCUUCUUAUUGUUUAUUUUCGACUACCUAUAGCACUCUAAUUAUUUGUUCAUAGUUAGAAAAAUAAAAGUUAGUUAAGAACUCA